AUGCAGGAACUCAACCAGUCCACUGUGACAGAAUUCAUUCUACUGGGMUUCACAUCCAACCCCAGGACCAACCCUCUGCUCUUCACCUUCUUUUUAGUUUUCUACCUGCUGAUCCUUGUGAGCAACAGUCUCCUUAUCACACUCAUCCACCAGGACUUGCGUCUCCACACACCCAUGUACUUUUUCAUCAGUGUCCUCUCCCUGCUGGACGUGUGCUACACCACCACUACUGUGCCCCAGAUGCUUGUGCAUAUUCUCAGCAAGAAGAGGACCAUCUCUUUUGCUAGAUGUGUGGCCCAGAUGUACAUCUUCCUCCUCUUUGGGGUUACGGAGUCCUGGCUUUUCUCCAUCAUGUCUGUGGACAGGUAUGUGGCCAUCUGCCACCCUCUCCGAUACAAGGUCAUCAUGAGCCGUAGGAUGUGUCUACUUUUGGUGGGUGUCUGUGCAGCCUAUGGUGUGGUGGGUGGCCUUUGCUAUACCUUCUUUGCUAUGUACCUGCCCUACUGUGGUCCUAAUGAAAUUGACCACUACUUCUGUGAGGUUCCUGCUGUUCUGAAGCUGGCCUGUGCAGACACAUCCCUCAAUGACUUGGUGGACUUCAUCACAGGCUUCAAUGUCAUUGUGGUUCCACUCACCCUGGUUGUCAUCGUCUAUGCCAACAUCUUUGCCACCAUCCUGAAGAUCCGUUCAGCCCAGGGGAGGAUCAAGGCCUUCUGUGCCUGUGCCUCCCACAUCACUGUGGUCACCAUGUUCGCCAUUCCAUGUAUCCUCAUGUACAUGAGCCCUGGCUCUGGGUCCUUAUCAAACAGUGGCAAGAAAAUGGCUCUUUUCUAUAAUAUUGCCACAGCCUUCCUCAAUCCUGUCAUCUACAGUCUAAGGAACAAGGAUGUGAAGAAGGCUUUCCUCAAACUGAUGGGAUGGAGCRGGGCUCCAGAGUGA